GUAAACCGAGAGAAGAAGAAAGAGAGCAGAGGAAAAGCCUGCUGCUGUCAAAUCCCACACAAACCACUCUGAUGGUUCCCCACGUCUCUUGUCCAUCUGUCCCUCAUGCAGCGUCCAGUGUCGGUGUGAGAGAUGACGGACAGAUACAGUGAGAUCGGUUUUGUCCAGCAAAUACUCGGGUUGAAUUUAGUGCCGAGGAAAAAUGGCACACAGCGAGGAAACGACACAUCUCUCAGCGACUUCUCAGAGAUGUGGUACGGAGUGUUUCUGUGGGCAGCGGUUUCUUCCCUGGUCUUCCACCUGCCUGCAGCUCUCCUCUCCCUUGCCACGCUGCGUCAGCACAAGAUGGCCCGAUUCAUGCCCAUUGCCAUCCUCCUCAUGGGCAUCGUGGGACCAGUGUGUGGGGGACUCCUCACCAGUGCAGCCAUCGCAGGCGUGUACAAGGCGGCAGGGAAGAAGAUGAUCUCUUUGGAGGCUCUUGUUUUUGGGGUCGGACAGUCCUUUUGUGUCCUCAUCAUCUCCUUCCUCAGGGUCCUUGCCACCCUUUAGCAGAGCUGAGGCUUGUCUCGGUGGACCUGAUGCUGCUGGAUCACUCUCACACCAGCUGCACCCAAAUUUCACAUGGUACAUUACUACAUCCCGGCAAAUCCUGGGCCACCUGUAAACCAGCCAGAUGUGGGUCGUGAUGUCACUUCCUGCUGAUGGAGCAGGAACAGAACAGAUUUUAGUCUACUAUGAAGAAAUAAGCAGCAAGUGUUAUACAGCACUAAGCCUUUUAAUUAGCUGUCAAGACAUCUAUAUGAUGUCACUGUAAGACAGCUAAAAACUGUAUUCACAUCACAGGGCAGGCAUACACUACACAACAGCAAAGACAGUUUAUUUAAAAAUGACAAAUAAUCAUUACACACUUAAUUAUUAUGUAUGCAGUUUUACCUGUGUGAUGUGGAGGCAGCAUGAUGCUGUUCUGCAGUAGUAUGCGGAUGACAUUAACCUCUUAGGUUCUGUGUUUGUGUUUUUCUAUAGUUGUAAGGACCAAUUUGAGACUUGGACCUAAGUAGUGAGGACAUUUUGUUUGAGGGUUAUGACUUGACUCUGAGGUUCAGUUAGCGUUAGGUUGAGCUUUGGCGAAGCUUUGGGGUUAGACAUUUAGUUGAGGUGUUUGAGGCCAGGGUCUGCAUAAUGUCAAUAAGUGUCCUCACAGAGACAGAGGUACAAGCACACUUGUCUAAUUUGAAAGUUUUAAAUGUGCACAUGUUCUUUCAUUAGGGAUCAAUAUAAUAGUGGGACGUACAUUGAUUUGAUACAUUUGAUUUGUGCUGAGGGAUGCUGUUGUUAAAGAUGGGUGAACAUGUGUCUCCUCUCUUGGUUGCUACUUCGAAUUCAUAACUUCUUCCAACUGGAUUUUUAUUCUCAAGCCAACCCCAUGUUUCUUUGUGAUGUCCAAAGUGAUGGCAUGCUGCUAAAUUCUAGUUUCCUUAUUUGGGGACAGCUGACAUUCUCCAUUCAGUUGCACUGUUAAUGUGCAAAUGUACAGUGUACAUGAUAUGAUGAACAUUGUUUUUCAUAGCGUGGUAUACUGUGAAACCAGCUGCAACCUCAGUAUGUGAAUGUUGGACUGCAUGCAGUAACUGGAUAACAGUCAUUUUGACAGAUGCUCUUUUGAUACAGGAAGAUGAUGGUUUUAUGCAAGAUCCUGGCUUUUCCUUUGAGGCCUUAAUUUCUAUUUUCUAAUAUCCAAAGUGGUGUUUUCUCUUCAGGGCUGUCUUUCUUUAUAACCAUUUCUACUGCUGCCCUUUUGUUAUUCCUCAUCGUUUUUGUUUAGAUCAAUUCAAGUUGGACUGCCUGUCUUCUCUAGGUUUUAAAUCAGCAAUUAACAUUAACUGCCACCUGUAACUUGUUAUGACACUGUUGAAAAUUUUAAGUUGUGAUCACACAGACUAGAGAAUGUCUUCAUAGUUUCUCUGCUCAACUUCUUAGUUUGUCGGUUUAUUUGUUUAGAGUGAAUUGAUUACAGACUGUUGUCAGUUUUUUUGACAAACCCAAACAUGACCUUUGCUGGAUCUUUUCCAAUCUCUUUGAAUGAUAUGUAUUUUGUUUUGUUCGUUUUAUUCCCAAGUCUUUGUAGCCGUUCAAUCUUUUUGACCAAAUACAGAUUGCUCAUAUUUUUUUUAAGUGUGAAUAUGAUGUUUCGAUGAUGGUGUUAAAAAUGUGUUGCCCUGUACAUCAGUCACAACAUUCAAACCAGUUAGUGGUUUGAAUGCUGACAGGUCCCGUAUACAGUUUCUGUGCAUGCCAUCAGGUUUUAUUGUUGUAUUUUAUUGGCUAAUUGAGUCCCACAGUCUUUAUGCUAUUUGUUGCUUGUGGAAGUGGACAUGUGCUUUUGAAUUAACAUCACACAUGUACAACUUUCAUAUACAGACAUACUCUACAUCUAAUUUUAUUCUUUGUUAAAAGUGAUGCACGUAAUGACUGAAACCUGCUGAAUCAGCUGACACCACUAACAGAACUGUAUUUAAUGUUGAGCACAAGUCUCUUCUCCACAUGAUUUGACUUUGGUUUGGAAUUAAUAUUUAACUUUAGUAAGUUUUGAUUAAACUAAUAGUAAACCAAUAUGCAGUUAUUGGAAUUAACACACUGGAGCUACCACACGGUGAACUUGGAGCAGUUUCCAGCUUCAUCUAGUCAACAAUCUAAAUUUUUAGCAUUAAUGGAUCAGAAACAAGACAGCUGGUAAAAAUCCAGGUAGAAUCUGUGGAGCAAAGACGGAGUAAUAGAGCCUGGACAUGAUCAGAAACUUCCACUUCUCUACCAUUGAUGAACUUGAACAGCUGUACACCAGCCAUGCUGGAAUCAGUCAUUAAAACCAGUUAGCUUAAAGCUAGUGGACCAGUUGUUCUAUUAACUGUCAUUGAUACACAAUAGACUGCCUUUGAACAAGGGUUAGGAGCCUUUUAACUUAUGCAAUGGUAAAGAAAGCAGACAGCAAGCUUCAUCAUCAUCUCCUCAAAGAAGUUUUUAAACCCCUGAAACCAAAGAUGUCUUGAAUUCUUCCCAUUGUACAUCACUAGCUACUCUUCAGUCCAGUAGUUUACUUCCAUAUGAACAGUUAGCUUCAUGAUGCAUGUAAAUAUGCAGCAAAUCACUCUGAAGCUAGAAUGUAGAAGUUUCUGGUUUAAGUAAAAUAUCUUCAUCGAAAUAUCUAAAAAUAGGAAAUUGCCAUAAUUAGAGAACAAGUAGACAUUGAUGACAGCACAGUUGGAUUGUAAAGAGCAGGUUACAGACGUACAAUUAGGACCAACAAUGGGACAGGAGUAGUUUCUGGACAGUGACCAUGAUAACCAUUAACUGAGGACUUGAGAGAAAUAUGAUUUAUUUCCCUAUCUUAUUUCAUUAACAAAUUUUAAUGGGAUGUCUUCAGAUUAUGCACCAAGAUGAGAUAAUUCCCUUCCACACCAAACUAUAAUUUCUGAAAAUGUCGCUUCAUUGAGACUGAUUUUAUCAACAACGGAGGAAACUCCGCUCAUCUCACUGUACAUACUGUAUGUUCUGUAUAUGCACAAUCCCCUGAGAUAAGAAAAAUGAAACAAUUUUUGUUACUACAAAGACUUGAUGGAGUGGAAAAUCAAAGCAGUUAAUUGAAAUGUGUGGCUGAUGCAGGAAGAAAUGGAGUUGUGUUAAUCCCAUGGCCUUGCUGUUAAUGCUGUACAUUUUGGAGAAUUUUUAUUUUUUUAUGGUUGUGUAAUUUAGCUCCUUGAGGACAGGAGUUAUCUGUGGUUCUGUUACUGCAUCUUACACUGUGACCUUAAUAAAUUCAGUCUGGAUAUUUUCA